AUGCCGCCUAAAAAAGCUGCUUCUUCCAAGAGCGGCGCAUCGAAACCCAAGCCCGCAAAUACUUUCGACGAAGGUUCACAUAUCGUGUUUGAAGAUGAUAAUAAGAAGAGUAGAAAAGGACACAAACCCAAAGAUGUACCUGCAUCCGAACCUACCGGGCCUCCUAAACCAACAGUAAAGCAGCUUAUCGGAGGUGCCUCCUGGACUGGCAAACUACCUGUGAACCUUCUCUCAGAACAUUGUCAGAGACAAAAAUGGGACAAGCCAGAUUACACGAUGCGACAGGUCCCUGGUCGAGAUGGACAGGAAAAGUUGUAUCGCUCAGAAGUCUCGCUCAGUGCGAAAGAUGCUAAGACAGGUGAAGUCCGAUCGGUGAAAUUUCGUACUCCAGAAACCAUGAUAGUGAUUUCAGAAGAGCCGACUGCGCUGGAAGCACGUCACUUUGCCGCCGCUUAUGCGCUGUUCAGGGUCAGUAGCAUGAAAAAUCUCUCAAUGGCGUUACCACCUAAGUACAGGGACUUAUGGAAGCAGUUCCAGAGCAUUAAGAAAGAGGAUGAGAAAGUAGGGAAGGCGUGGUUAUAUGAUGCAGAUCCGUUUGCUGCUCAACAGAAAGGCGAAGAUAUCAAGAAAGCUAUGGAGAAAAGGGACAUUGAAAAGGAGAAGAAGAAGGAGGCAAUUUCAAGGAAUCCUGCCCUGGCGCUACAACAGAUGCCAAGAAGUAGAGAGUGGGGGCGGGCACCAAAGAUCGAGAUGGGAUCCAAAAUACGAAUGGAAAUUGAACGACUUGUUCGGCAAGACGCAACGUGGAAUCCGUUUGGUGAUCAAAUGACGAGCCAAGAACAGGAUCGAGUCGCAAAAUUGAUGACCGAAAGAGGGUUUCGUGCAGGUCAUGCUCGAGAAGCUAUGCAAUAUUGCAAGGAUGAAGAGGAAGUGCUGGAAUGGCUGCUUGUGAAUGUCCCAGAGGAUGACCUGCCUGCCUUUGCCUUACCUGCUAAUUAUAGUGCCGGUAUCAGCAUGGCCAGUGGCGACGUCGUACAGGAAGCCAAGCUCAAACGUCUAGCCACAGCAGGAUACCCACGUGAUUUCGUCAUGCAAGCACUUAAGUCUUGCGACGGCAACGAGCAUAGAGCAGCAUUCUGGCUUCAGAGCACCUUACAGGAUACGAACGAGGGAGAUCUCAAUGACGACAUCGAUAGCAUGGUCGAAUGGGACAGUGAAGAGUCGACACUUGAAGCCAUAUACGCUGAUCGAUGGAGCAGAAGGGGCAAGGAAGAUUGCACGAUCAAGCUAGACACACCAGAAAACAUGGCUACUUCUGUCAGGUUCGUCAUUAGGAAGAAAGGCUACCCCUGGGAGCUUCCAGCCGUACUGCUCUCAUCAGCACAACUGCCUGCAUAUAUACGGCUCAGUGCGACGAAGCAAGCAUUGCAGUUUGCAGAUACCAACUUCAAAGGACAAGCUAUGGUCUUCCAAAUCUGCGAGUGGCUGGAAGCUAACUUGCAGAACAUCAUUGACAGUCCAAUGAGUCUCACUGAACUUCACCUCUCCGAGCCAAAGCCUGUCACCAGUGCGAUAGAAACUCCGAACGGCGUGACAACAUUAUUGCCCACCAGAUCGAAAAACAUCUACAUCGACAGAAGAAGUGACAGAGAAAUUCUCGAUACAUGGAGCAGACGACAUGAACUUACAGAACAGCAGAAAAUGCUGGAUGCAAGGAAGAGAUUGCCUGCUUGGACGAAAGAAUGUGAUAUUCUAACGACAAUAGCAGGCCACAGCGUGACUAUUGUGACAGGCGAGACAGGAAGCGGCAAGUCGACGCAGGUUGUGCAAUUCGUGCUCGACCAAGCAAUCCAAGUACUGCAUGGCUCAAAGACUAAGAUUCUCUGCACACAACCAAGACGAGUCGCUGCGCUAUCAUUAGCAGAUCGUGUCAGCAAUGAAAGGUGCACACCUCUGGGUGAAGAAGUUGGCUACAUCAUCAGAGGGGAGUCCAAAACAUCAAACUCGACUAAGAUCACUUUCAUGACAACAGGUGUACUGCUUCGGCGAAUACAAAUGUCUGCCAGUCUGAAAGAAGCUUUAGAUGGUAUCUCCCAUGUCUUCAUCGACGAAGUGCACGAGCGGUCUCUAGAUACAGAUUUCUUACUAGCUCUACUCAAAGACGCCCUGGAGGCAGUCCCCAGUCUUCGUGUAGUCCUAAUGAGUGCAACAUUGGACAAGGACAUCUUCAUGAAAUACUUUGGAGGUGCUGGAAAGGUCGGUCAUGUGCAUGUCGAAGGACGUACCUUUCCAGUCACAGAUCAUUAUCUAGAAGAAGUGCUCGAUGAGACCAAAUUCAUACCUGAGUAUGCAGAUUCAAAUCAGCCAAUAGGCAAGAUCAUAUCCGCACUUGGGGUUGGCGUCAAUAUUGAGUUGAUCAGGAGCCUGGUAGUUCACAUCGACGAACAGCUCACAGGCAUGCCUGGAGCUAUUCUGAUAUUUCUUCCAGGUACGCUUGAAAUCGACCGAAGUAUCAGAGCAUUGUCCUCCAUACCCAACGUUUUUGCUUACCCAUUGCAUGCAUCCCUACUACCUUCCGAGCAAAAGAGAGUCUUUCCGCCUGCACCGUCUGGCAAGAGAAAGGUCAUUGCAGCUACCAAUGUUGCAGAAACCUCGAUCACCAUUGAAGAUGUCGUCGCCGUCAUUGAUACUGGCCGGGUGAAAGAGACCAACUACGAUAUCUCCAAUAAUAUCGUGCGUCUGGAAGAGGUUUGGGCAUCACAAGCAGCUUGCAAACAGCGAAGAGGUCGAGCCGGUCGUGUAAGAGAAGGGACAUGCUAUAAGCUCUUCACACGCAAUGUUGAGGCAAACAUGACUCCGAAACCUCUACCAGAAAUACAACGAGUACCUCUUGAGCAAUUGUGUCUAUCAGUGAAAGCAAGUGACCAAGACAGAGACGUGUCAAAAUUCCUUGGUGCACUCAUUACACCACCCGAGGCAGGCGCUAUAUCGAAUGCGAUCAACGUGCUUCACCAGAUGGGAGCUCUUGAGGGCAAUCAUCUGACAGCUCUCGGCAUUUACAUGUCUGCAGUUCCAGCUGACCUUCGCUGUGCCAAGCUCUUAGUAUAUGGCGCACUAUUCGACUGCCUGGAACCCUGUCUCACCGUUGCCUCUAUAUUGACUGUCAGAGACCCCUUCGUGUCUCCAAGAGACAAACGAGAAGAGGCUGAUGCUGCAAAGGCUGCCUACUCAACUCAACAUGGAGAUCUAAUGCUGUCACUGAGCGCCUACGAGGACUACAUACAAACAUCUAGAGAGCUUCGACCGAGGGCUCUACAAUCCUGGUGCAAUACUAGGUUCUUAUCGCUAAACACAUUGAGAGAUAUAACAUCUACCCGAUCACAAUUGGUCGAUUCAUUGAAGGAUGCCAAUCUGAUCCCACUGGACUACCGCAGCGACACGUCAGCGAAGAACACCUCACCACUACUACAUCGAGCCCUAAUCUCAGCCUCCCUCCAACCACAAAUUGCAGAAAUCCGCUUCCCAGAGAAAAAGUACAUGCAAUCUCUCACUGGUGCCAAAGAACUCGACCCAGAAGCAAAGACGAUCAAAUACUUCCUCCCACCCGUCAACUCAGAGGCCACCAAACCUACCACCACUUCAAGCUCGACCUCAUCUCCCAAAAGCACCUGUCCAAACACCCCACAACCAACUAACGGCGGCGCUGAACAACACACCGACCACCCAAACUGGCAACGCGUCUUCAUCCACCCCUCCUCCCCACUAUUCCACAGCUCCCCAUCCUCAUUCACCUCCGGCUCCUCCUCAGCCUCCUACCUCUGCUACUUCAGCAAAAUGGCCACAGGCUCCUCAAACACCCUCUUCGGCCCAAAAACCUACAUUCAUUCCCUCACACCACUAAACGUAUACACACAGCUCCUCUUCGGCUCCGGCGGGAUCAACAUAGACACGACUAUUCCCGGGGGCGGACUGGUUGUCUCCGAGCACUUCAAGAUACGUGGGUGGGCGAGGAUAGGUGUUUUGGUGUCGAGGUUGAGGAGGCUUCUUGAUGAGGAGUUGAGGAGGGCGAUUGAUGUGCCUGCUGGGAGGAGGGAGUUUGGGAAGAGUGAGGUUGUGAGGGUUGUGAAGUGGUUGAUUGAGUUGAAUGGUCAGGACCGUUGA